CAAGAAUUGAAGAACUGCUUUGGGGUGUGGGGGGUUGCAUGAAUCAUGAGUGCAUAGUUGUGAAGUCACCACCAUUGGCAAAAGAUUCAAAAAGAGAAACAGAGAGAUAUUUUUGUGUAUAUAUAUAUAAAAAAAAAGAGGGCAUUAGGGUGAUUACUCACCCAACCAUCCAAUCCAUCAACCAUGUAACGUAGGCUUUAAGUGAUAGAAAUUAAAAAACAGCACCACCUUCUCUCCCUCCAUCUUCAAACUUGCCUUUUAUUACCUCUCAAUGUCACGCCCUUCUCUUCACUCUCAGUCUCUCCAACAUUCUCCAAUCCCAAUGCUCCUUCUCCUUGCCUUCUCAUUCCACUUAACCCGACCACACCGCACCACUUUGUUUUUUCCGCAAUAGUUUCCAACCAAAGCCCCUUUUAUUUAAUUCAGCCCUUUUUUUUCUUCAAUUUAUUUGAUUUCUAUUUUUGGUUAUUCGGUUGGUGCGCGGUUGUUGAUGUGAAACGAUGGAGCUGAGUUAGGUUCUUCUUCUUCUCGUCGUUUGGGGCUUUUCUUCUUCUUCAUCGCUCCAUCGAUCCAUCCCUAAUCGUUCGUUCCUUGCGAUGAAUCGGAGCUUCAGAGCGGUGGAAUUGCAAAUGCAAGACGCGUUUAAUCAGAGGCGGCACCAAUUGGCGGCUCUCAGGUCCUCCUCUCCGCGCGUCAUGGACAGGGACGACGAGCUCGCUUUGUUCCUUGAAAUGCGGAACCGCGAGAAGGAGCGCAACAAUCUCCUGCUCCGCGCAGCAGAGGAUUUCGACGCUGCAGCACCAUUAGGCUCUGAUCCGGGAAAUUCUCCCUUGUUUAACGUUCCGCCGGCUGCGUCGGCUCCGGCGAGGAAGACCGGUGCUGAUGAUUUUCUCAAUUCGGAAAAUGAUAAGAAUGACUAUGACUGGCUUCUAACCCCACCUGGGACUCCCCUUUUCCCUUCUUUGGAGAUGGAAACAUCAAAAACUGUUAUGAGCCAGCUUGGGGCUCCAACUGUCCGUCCCACACCAUUAAAAGCUCGAUUUGCAAAUUCUCCAUUAGAAGAUACUGGGAGGAGCAACUUCGUAUCUAAACAACCAGCCUCCUCCCCUGGGUUGACCUCUUCAGGUGGUGGAAUUAGGAGGCCCUCAUCAGCCGGGAAUCUGUCAGAACUUACUGGAAGGAGCAACUCAGUAAUUAAACAACGAGCCUCCUCCCCUGGGUUGACCUCUUCAGGUGGUGGAAUUAGGAGGCCCUCAUCAUCAGAGAAUCUGUCAGAACAUAGUGGAAGGAGCAAUUUAGUAUCUAAACAAUCAGCCUCCUCCCCUGGGUUGACCUCUUCAGGUGGUGUAACUAGGAGGCACUCAUCAUCAGGGAAUAUUGGGUCACGAUCUACAACUCCUGCUGGACGUUCUACAUUGACCACAGUUUCAAAAUCACCUAGACCUUCAACACCUACCGCAGUUUCAAAAUCAGCCAGACCUUCAACACCUACUUCUCAGACAACCACACCUUCAAUGAGGACAACCGUAGGUUCCACCAAGACCUCGGUUUCCUCAGCCAAGCCCAUGGUUUCUGCUCCUAAGACUUCAGUUUCUGUCACUAAAACUACUACAAUAUCUGCAGCUAAAACAACAAUUACAUCUAGAUCCUCUACACCUUUGUCAAGAUCUACUGCAAGAUCUUCUACACCGACAACCAAGCCUACCUUACCUGCAUCCAGACCUACAUCAAGGGCAUCAACCCCAGCUCGCCGACCGUCAACACCACCUAAUGUACCCACUGUAUCUUCUCCUUCAGUUAAGACUUCUUCAGUCUCCAAGUCAGCUCCUGUGAUAUCAAGGCAGCCAGUACCAUCCCGUGGCACUUCACCAACUGUGAAAUCAAGACCAUGGAAGCCAUCGGAGAUGCCUGGAUUUUCACUUGAUGCUCCACCCAAUUUGAGGACAACGCUUCCAGAAAGGUCACUGUCAACAACUAGGGGGAGGCCUGGAGCACCUAAUCUACGGUCCUCAUCUGUUGAGCCUGCUUCUAAUGGUAGACCAAGGCGGCAAUCAUGCUCUCCUUCAAGAGGACGUUCCUCCAAUGGCAUUUCUCGUCCAACUGGAAGCUCUAUGCCAGCAGUUAAUCGUGCAUACUCCAAGGCAAAUGACAAUGUUAGUCCUGUUGUAAUGGGCACCAAAAUGGUUGAGAGGGUAAUAAAUAUGCGAAAACUAGCUCCACCAAGGCUGGAUGACAAGAACUCUUUCCAUAAUCUUUCUGGCAAGUCAUCUUCAUCUCCAGAUAGCUCGGGUUUCGGAAGAUCACUCUCAAAGAAAUCCUUGGAUAUGGCUAUUAGGCAUAUGGAUAUAAGGCGAAGGGCUCCAGGCGAUUUACGGCCAUCACUGAUGACAAAAAUUCCAGCUUCUUCAAUGUAUAGUGUGAGGUCUGGGCUUCAGCGUAGCCGAACUGGUAGUAUCUCCGGCUCUCCUCAUGCUACUAGCAGUAAUGCUAGUUCUGAAGUGAGUGUAAACCAAAAUGGUCUUUGUUUAGAUAAUAGUGAAAUAGAUGAUGAUAUUGUCAGCGUGAGAAGUGGUCAAUCUUCUGCCAGCGUGCGGGGUAGGUAAACGAUUCUCACAUUGAGGAAUCCUUUACCUACAUUUUAAUGGCACAACCAUUCAUAUCCUGAGUUUCAGCCAUAUUGGAUUUUUGUAUGGAGCUAACCAAGCUUCAAUUUAUGUAAAGUUUACUGGGAGUGAUAUCACCUUGUGGGAUGGUAGUUGUAAUUUUAGAUAGAUAAGCUAUAUGCUGAAAUUGUAAUACUCCUUUUUUUUUUUUUCAAGUGGUGUUAUUUCACACGAAAACUGUAGAAAUGGUGUGGCAUUGUAUUUUUUAGAAAUGCUAGCAACAUGCGAUUUGGCACUUUUUAGCA